AUGCCCGCCCUGCAGAGAACCAACUCAUGCACAGACAUUGGCUUUACGCUCAGGCGCCAAUUCAACAAGGAUGAUUUCAGACCCCAUCAACGCGAGAUAAUUGAGGCUGCUCUUGACGGCUACGAUGUCUACGUUCAGGCCGCCACGUCAUUUGGCAAAAGCCUUUGCUUUCAGCUGCCGGCCGUUAUCGACCAGGGCAUCACCAUAGUGGUAUCCCCGUUGUUAAGUCUUAUGAUCAACCAAGUGGAUUCCCUCAAGGCGGCUGGGAUCAAGGCCAGCUCUCUUAAUAGCAACACACCCUUCGCUGAACGAGUCCGCCUCGAGAAGGAUCUGGAAAGUGGUCAUCCGAUCACAAGACUCCUCUAUGUUACACCCGAGUUGUGUUCGGGCCCACGUUUUCGGGAACGCUUACAACUAGUCCACGAACAAAAGGAGCUGGCCCGGGUCGCAAUUGACGAGGCUCAUUGCAUCUCCGAGUGGGGCCAUGACUUCCGAAAGGACUUCAAGCGCCUCUCCUGGUUUAGGGAGACGUUUCCGGAUGUCCCGAUCAUGUGCCUGACUGCAACAGCGAACCCACAGGUUCGACAAGAUGUUUUGUCCAUCUUGCGUUUAGAUGCCACCCCGGAGAAGACAAAGAUGUUCCUCAUGAGUCCCCAACGAGCUAAUCUGCACUUGGAAAUUCGCUAUACCAAAGAUGAGGACGACAGCCGCCUAUCUGACUUUUUACGGUGGAUCCGCGGUGUCUAUGACCGUCGGAGGGCUGAUGCUCGAAAGGCCGAGCUUGCACAUGCCGGAGAGAGAAUAGAGAGCGUCCCUGGUAUUAUAUACACUCUGUCUCGAGAUGAGUGCGAGUCCCUGUCGGCAGCCCUUCGGGAUGAAGGAAUUGGAGCCCGGCCGUUCCAUGCCAAGUUGCCGAAGGAGGUGAAAGAAGAAACUCUAAACCGGUGGAUUCAUAACGAACCUGGCUAUGAUAUAAUCGUGGCCACGACCGCCUUCGGAAUGGGGAUCGACAAAAAUAAUGUACGAUUCGUCGUACACUGGCGCAUUCCGAAGUCGUUCGAGGGUUACUACCAAGAAGCCGGGCGAGCAGGCCGAGAUGGAAACGCAAGUUAUUGCUUUCUUUAUUACAGCCGAGAAGAUCUCGAGCGGGUGAUGCGCUUGAUACGAUCCGAUUCUAAAGAAGAGUCUAACCAAAUUGCCCGGCUGAAGAGUCUUCAAGCCCUCGCAUUGUAUUGCGAGAAUACAGACGCAUGUCGACAUGCCAUUAUCUGUAAGUAUUUUGGCGAAACGACAACACCCAAAUGCGAUUUUGCAUGUGACUGGCAUAAAGACCCGCAAGAAUUGGAAACGAGAUGCAUGCGAGGCUUGGCCAGCGAGGAGUUUGUAAGCACUCAAGCAAUGCAGGGUACAUAUGAUGGUUAUUACGAUGAUUAA